AAAACCGGAUUUAAAGUUCCACCAGUCGACUACUACCUCAGAUCUUACAUGCUAGCUAGCGAGAGACUCUUGAAGGCUAAAACAAGAUUCGGUACUAAAUACUGUUCAGGACCUGAACUAGAAAUGGAUAGAGUUUUUGAUUAUGUAUUUAACUUCGCCGAGACAUUUGCCGGUUCUCCUUACUUCGGAUUUUUUUGGACGAAUACGGUGAGCCAUAACGAUGUGAAUGGACUUUCAACAGUGGACGAUCACCUCUUAGGGAUGUUCGAAAAAUUUGAAAAAUCGGGCGUCAUAAAGGACACUUUAGUGGUGUUUUUGAGUGACCAUGGGAUGCGGUGGGGUGAAAUGAGAAAGACGUUCAUCGGGUGGUACGAGGAGAGACUGCCCUUCAUUUAUUUGAGACUGCCAGACUGGAUGAGAGAAGAUACCAGUGUAGUUGAAUCACUCAGAAUCAAUGAGCAUCGUCUGACCUCACCCUAUGACCUUUAUGAGACGUUCCGUGAGGUUCUCAUCGAGUCUGCAGGUGAAGCCAAUGCAAGCACUGGGUGUUUCACAUGCCAGAGUUUAUUUAAACCAGUGCCAAAGGUGAGAGGCUGUGCGGACGGUGGGAUCUCCCCUCACUGGUGCACCUGCACUGCCUUCAAGCCUUGGAAUCCUAUUGAUGAAAUUCAUCAGAGCAGCUGCUGA